AUGCCGUCGCGGCAGCUCGGCGCCGCGGCGUCCCCGCCGCCGGCUGCGGAGGAGAAGGCCGUGGUCGACGGGCUGCGGUCGCACCCGCGGCGCCACGCCGCGGGAUCAGCGGUUGGCGCGGCGGCGGGGGCGGCGGUGGUGUUGGUGGUGGUGGGUCUGGGCCUGGGUCUGUUCGUGUGGCUGCGGCGGGGGAGGAAGCGUGGGGCGCCGGGGGCGGCGGCGAGCACGCAGCCGGCGGCCGCGCUGCGGAGGCUGUCGUACCAGCAGCUGAGGCGCGCGACGGGAGGGUUCGUGGCGGGGAGCAAGCUCGGGCAGGGAGGGUUCGGGCCCGUGUUCCGCGGCGCGCUGCCGAGGUCGGGGCAGCCCGUGGCCGUCAAGGUGAUGGAUGCCGCGGGUUCCCUCCAGGGCGAGCGGGAGUUCCACAACGAGCUCUCGCUUGCCUCCCACCUCCUCGGCUGCGGCCACGGGUCGCCGUCCAUCCUCCUGCCGUUCGCGUACUCGCUAUCCGCACAGCCGCGGCGCCGCCGGAUGAUGCUCGUGUACGACCUCAUGCCGAACGGGUCGCUCCAGGACGCGCUGCUCGGGAAGAGGUGCCCCGAGCUGGUGUCUGAGUGGCCGCGGCGGCUCGCCGUGGCCCGUGACGUGGCCGCGGCGCUCCAUUACCUACAUUCCAUUGCGCAACCACCAGUGAUCCAUGGAGAUGUGAAGCCCAGCAAUGUGUUGCUGGAUGGUGAGCUCCGUGCUCGCCUCUCAGAUUUUGGCCUCGCGCAGAUCAGGUCAGAGGAAGACGAUGAAUUAGAGAGUGCUGCAAUUGGGGGCAAUGCGAAUGAAAUUAGCAAUCCUUCUGGUGGAUGUGAUGAUGAUAUGUCUGUCGCUGAUGAGAGUGCUACUGCUGUUGUUGUCAAUGGGGAAGGCAAUGCUGCCAAGUCUCCGGAAGAUGAUGAGGGGUUCACCAUGGCUUCUCCUGCAGAAGCAGCAUCCACUUCAGGAUGUGAUAAGACUAGUGUUGGUAGCGGAUUUAAUGGCCGAAGCUGCAAUGGUGGAGGUGCUGCAGGAUCAGGUGCUGGGAAUGACUGGUGGUGGCGUCAGGACAAUGGUGGUGGUUCUGGUGGUGUCAAAGACUAUGUAAUGGAAUGGAUUAGGUCGGAGAUCAAGAAGGAGCGGCCAAAGAACGAUUGGAUUGCAGGAGCAUCUACAACCACCCCCGCCACCACAACAGAGAGAAAGAAGACAAAGCGCAGGGCAAGAGAAUGGUGGCGUGAGGAGUAUGCUGAUGAGCUCACCAAGAAACAAAAAAGGCGAGCACUUGCUAAGUCAAGGAGCGAGGUUGGUCCAACUGCUAGCAUGCAGUGGUGGGAGAGGGAUUGUGACUUAGAGGAGAAGGGACGAUCAAGGUGGAGAAUGAUGAGAAGCUGGAGCCGCAGGAGCAGCAAUGGCAAUGCCAGCAUUGACUGGUGGGUUGACGGUGUGAGAAGGAGCAGUAGGGAUUGGGCUAGUGGGGAAUUUGUGCCCAAGAGUGGUGGAGCAGUGAGCAGCACACCAAGCAUGCGUGGCACAGUCUGCUAUGUUGCACCUGAAUAUGGUGGUGGUGGACCUUUAUCAGACAAAUGUGACAUUUACAGCUUCGGCGUUUUGUUGUUAGUUCUUAUCUCUGGACGCCGCCCACUCCAAGUGACAGCCUCACCCAUGUCAGAGUUUGAGAAGGCAAGUCUCAUUUCAUGGGCAAGGCAUCUUGCCCGUGUUGGCCGCUUGCUUGAUCUUGUAGACCCUGCGCUGCGGGAUGUUAACCGUGAUCAGGCGCUCCUAUGCAUUACAGUUGCACUCCUGUGCAUCCAGAGAUCGCCAAGUCGCCGCCCAUCAAGUGAGGAGGUGCUUGAAAUGCUAUCUGGUGAGGGUGAACCACCAAAUCUCCCAGUAGAGUUCUCACCAUCACCCCCUGGUGGCUUUCGUUUCAGGUCCCGCAGGAAAGGUCGGUGAGUUCAGUUUGUUGGUUAGAUGAAAUAGGUAGUGUUACUUUUCUACUCCUAUGCUUUCCUCAUCUUGUACACUACUAAUUUGUGUACACUACCACUAAUUUAUCUGUUGAAUUGAUUUGUUUAUAAAGAUCUUGAUUGGAAAGGUGGCAGUUUCGAUUUCA